GCGGGCGGUUCGCGGGCGGUUAGCAGACGGAGGCCGCGUGUGGCGGGCCGGGGCCUGGGGCACAGUGAGGCUGCGGCAACCGAAGUUGCUUGUUGAGAUUUGUUGUGGAUGGACGUGGUGUAGUUUUGUUUGUUUCUUGGAUUAUCUCCCCUAGUCCGAGAGAAAACGCAUUCGAUUUAAGCUAAACCUGUGAGGGCGUUAUCGGUGGCCACAAUUUGAUUAAUUUACCUAGGUGUUAGGGAGCGGAAAAAAAUCAGAGGAGAUAAAAGUUACGGUGAGAUUCCAUGCGAUUAAGGACUGUGGCAGCUUGGGUCUGCAGAACUUCUAGAACCUUCUGUGUGGCCCCAAACGUUUUAACUUACUCUUCUCCCGUUAUGCAUUUUUUAAGGGAGGCAGCAGUUUAGAGUGGCCCUCCACGUGAAGUUAAGUUUCCUUACUUCAGAACAAAAAUGAAUAAAACAAAACCAACCCAGCAAUCCAUUGAGAGCAAAGAUUAGACAGGAGUGAGGGGUAGGCAGUAAGUUACCGGGUGCUUCGUGCAGCAGAGACGUUGCCGCUUCUGUUUCUCCCCUAACCUCGCGGGCGGGAUUCAGCGGUUCCGUUCGUCUCUCGGGAGCCACAUAACAAGUAACACACAUCUCUCCAUGUCUUCAGAACGUUGAGGGCAUGUUCUCAACCACUUCAUUCUCGCUCUCCCUUAGUCAGAAAGAAAAGUUUUCCUAAAGGAAUGGGGAGGUUGUUACUCCACUCCGCCUUCCUUCAAGCUGAGUCAUUGUCCUCCAACUUGAAUUAAUGCCUCACAUGUGGGUUGAAGCUUUGAGAGAAGCAGCAACUGCUGUUGAGCAAGAGAAAGAAAUCCUUCUGGAAAUGAUCCACAGUAUCCAAAAUAGCCAGGACAUGAGGCAGAUCAGUGACGGAGAAAGAGAAGAAUUAAAUCUGACUGCAAACCGUUUGAUGGGGAGAACUCUCACCGUUGAAGUGUCAGUAGAAACAAUUAGAAACCCCCAGCAGCAAGAAUCCCUAAAGCAUGCCACAAGGAUUAUUGAUGAGGUGGUCAAUAAGUUUCUGGAUGAUUUGGGAAAUGCCAAGAGUCAUUUAAUGUCGCUCUACAGUGCAUGUUCAUCUGAGGUGCCACAUGGGCCAGUUGAUCAGAAGUUUCAAUCCAUAGUAAUUGGCUGUGCUCUUGAAGAUCAGAAGAAAAUUAAGAGAAGAUUAGAGACUCUGCUUAGAAAUAUUGAAAACUCUGACAAGGCCAUCAAGCUAUUAGAGCAUUCUAAAGGAGCUGGUUCCAAAACUCUGCAACAAAAUGCUGAAAGCAGAUUCAAUUAGUCUUCAAACCUAAGAGCAUUUACACAAUACACAAGGUGUAAAAAUGAUAAAAUACUAUUUUAAUUGAUAACUAGUUCUUUAUGUUAGGUAUAACCACUUAGUUGACACUGAGUUGUUUCAGAUGAGGAAAAUAUUCCAUCAAGUAUCUUCAGUUUUGUGAAUAACAAAACUAGCAAUAUUUUAAUUAUCUAUCUAGAGAUUUUUUAGAUUGAAUUCUUGUCUUGUACUAGGAUCUAGCAUAUUUCACUAUUCUGUGGAUGAAUACAUAGUUUGUGGGGAAAACAAAUGUUCAGCUAGGGGCAAAAAGCAUGACUGCUUUUUCCUGUUUGGCGUGGAAUCACGCAGUCACCUUGGGCAUUUAGUUGACUAGAAAUUCUUUACCUUAAGCAGCACACACAUUUACUACACACACAAUGUUAACAAAGCACUGUGCUUAGAGGGUAAAAAGGAAUCACAAAACAAGAAUCUUUCCAAAGUUGUCUCAUUCAGCAAUGUUAAGGCAUCUGUAUCAAAUUAUUUUGGAUGUAAAGAUUCCUGUGUCUCAUAAUAUGAAUGUAUUUUUUGAUAUACAAGAAACUGACAUAAAAUGUGAGAAAACCACCUAUAAUUUACCACUGUGAACAAUUAUAUAUCUGCUUCUUUUCUCAAAUGCAUCAAUUCUCUAAAAUUCCUAUAUUGUAACUUGCCUUUUUUUAAAAAAGUUAGAUGCUGAUAUAAAGUCUGCUUAAUUGUCAACUUAA